AGAUAAAUUCGUAUUGAGAUAAGGUCUUGCACCGGAAACUACAUUUACCUAAUAUAUAAAGAGACUCGAUCGUUGGGUGUUGGACAUUUCAAUCGUGAUCCUCGAAAAGUUCACUUCAAUUUUACUUUUACUUUCUCUUUUUUUUGCAACCAACUUGAAGUUCAGUGUCUUUUUUAAAGUUUCUUUGGAUUUAAAGUGUUGUAUCAAAUUCAACGGAUUAAAAAAAAGUUUUUAUUUGUUUUCUUUUUCUUUUCGAUAAUUUAAUAAUCAUGAUCAAGUUACGAUCAAAGUUUAUCUUUACUACGUUUUCACUAUUAAUUUGUUGUGCUCAUUGUCAAAAUAACGGUGCUAAUGGUGGUGGUGAUCCAGGUCUAGGUAAUAAUGGAGGAAACUCUGGGAAUACCAAUGGACAGGGUGGUUCCAAUGGACCUCAAAAUUAUCAAUUUAAUCAAGGAAUCAGACCUUAUUCAUAUGGAUACAAUACUGGAAUUCAACCUUAUAGUUACACCUACAAUUAUCCUAAUGGAGAUCCCAAUUCAGGGCAAUCAGGGGGAAAUUCUGGUGGAUUCCAGGGUCAACCUGGUUCAGCUUAUCCUGGAGGGAAUAAUCAAAACUUUGGUCCACCCCAAGGUGGUUUCAAUGGUGGUGCUGCUCCUCCACCACCUCCACCACCACCGAUACCAUUUGAUUUCAACAAUGAUUUACCGGGAUUAAAUGGCGGUGGUAAUAAUAAUGGCGGAGGUUUCCCUGGUCUCGGUGGUGGAUCAAAUAAUAACAAUGGUUUCCCAGGUAUUCCCAAUAUCGGCGGCGGAGGUGGUGGUGGUUCAUCAGCUGGUUUCCCUGGUAUUCCCGCUUUAGGUGGAAACAAUAAUGGAGGUAACAAUGGUUUCAAUCCAAGUGAAUAUGGUUUACCCACUGCAGGCGGUAAUGGUGGUGGUGAUGGAUUAAGUGAAUUAGCCAAUCUCGGCGGUGGUAAUGAUGGUGGUUCCAAUGGUGGAUCGGGUCUUCCUAUCCCAAUAUUUGGUGGAAACGGUGGAAACAACAACUCACCUUUCCCUGGUUUACCUGGUUCAGGUAAUUCUGGUAACAAUGAUUUCGGCUUUGGCGGUGGUAAUUCAGGGGAUGGUGGUGACUUCGGUUUCGGAGGUGGUAAUAAUAAUGACGAUUUUGGAUUCGCAAGUAGUAAUAAUAAUAACGGAAACAAUGAGUUUGAUUUUGGACCCGGAAGUGGAUCAGAAAACUUUGACAUUAACUUACCCUCGCCAACGAUUUCAAAUUCAAUGUUUACUUCACCAUCAUCAAAGAUAUCAACAUCUACACCACCCACACCCACAACAACAACAACAACAACACCAAAAACACCAACAACAACAAUUAAAUCAACUGCGAAAAUAGUUAAACGAUCAACUCGAUCAAUAUUGAAAAAAGAUGAGGAUAAAAAAGUGACCGGCGAUCUUGACAAGGCCGCUGAUGAGACGAGCUACGAUUUUGACCCAAACUCUUCAUACGGAAUGCUCAAUUUAGACCCUCGAUACCAGAAUCCUAAUCAAGGAGUUUACACUAAUUACGCUGAUUACAGGGUCCACUGAUUUGUUAAUUGUUGUUGGGGAAAAACGUUCGGUAAAAAUGAGAAAAAAAAGGAAAACGAAAAAAACUUUAAAAACUAAACAACCGAGAGACAAUUGAGAAAAAAAAAGUUAACCAAAUUAACAAUUUAGUCGCUAAAGGAAACGAUCCAUUGCUGAAAAAGUGAUUAAAAGCCCUUGAGAAUGAUAUUAUUGCCAUGAUUAACUUGAUUGUCGUUGUGCUUGCAAUGACAAUUAAGCCAAUAGAUCACAGAACAGGAAUUAUGUUUGAAAGAUUGUUAAUUGUUCUUGACCUUAUAAAUAUAAUCUUAUAUUGAAUUAAUUUCUUUCAAUUAUUUAACCAACCCAAUCUUCAUCUUUCACUUUAAUUAUUGUCAAUUUCUUGAUCACAACAACAACAAUUAACUUUACCUUUCUAAGUUUCUCCCGGCAUUUUGCUCCCUUAAUUGUUAAUUGUGUUUCUUCAACUCAAUCAUUUAUCACCAUUACUUGUUUAUGUGCCUAAUUGACAACUAGAAAACAAACUAAAUCAAACUUUUAGCUAAUAAUUUAUCAAAACAAUUAACUCUCACUCUCUUACCUGGUUAGAAUUAAUUGUUCACUUUUCUUUCACCAUGAAACAUUCACAAUUUCAUAGUUAAUCAUUUGAAACUCUGAAUUCAGUGCUCUCACCUUUUCUUACUUACUACCAAAAAAAUUUGAUUCAAUUAUUUAUCACUAAUUAAGAAAUAAUUAAAAAAAAAUCAUUAAAAUACUUUGAAA